GCCGGGCCGAGCCUUCAGAGGCAGCUGUGUGACAGCGACCAGUCCGGAGAGCGGCGGCGGCGUGGGGCGGCGAUUGCAGGCUGUCGGACCAGGACUGGAGGGGGGCAGCCGUCCGAAAGAGAGGGACACAGACAGACGAUAUGGGGACUCAAGGAUCAGGCAGAAAGCGGAUUGCCAACCGAGAGCGACUGUCUGCAGAGGAUGAUACUCUGAAUCUGAUUGCUAGAGAGGCCGAGGCCAGGUUGGCCGCAAAACGAGCUGCACGAGCUGAGGCAAGAGAGAUUCGAAUGAAGGAGUUGGAGAGACAGCAGAAGGAGAUCUACCAGGUACAGAAGAAAUAUUAUGGGCUGGAUACAAAGUGGGGAGACAUCGAGCAGUGGAUGGAAGACAGCGAGAAAUACUCUCGCAGAUUCAGAAGACACACUUCGGUGUCUGAUGAAGAUGACUGGACAUCAGUAGGAAGCCGUGGCAGUGCUCGGGCAAAUGGCUUUGACGAGUUGUCUUGUGGAUCUGGGCCCAGUAAACAGUCUAGUAGGAGCUCCCGCUACAGUGAUGACAGUCUGAAAUCAGCCAAACAACGACUCAGGAAGGAGGCAGUGGGAAGUUACUACUCCGACCUCCCUGUGCACAGCACUGGACUCAGCUCCAAGUCCCACACAGCAUCCCAGAAUGGAACACGGGUGUCUGCUUAUGACGGGAGUGCCAGCCGUCGCUACAGUAGUUCCAGCUCUCGCGUCCCCUCCGAAUACAACUGUUUACUUGGCUCCAGUUCCCGUACAUCAUCUCGCGCGAGCUCAGCUCGGGCAAGUCCAGUGGUGAGGACAAUCUUGCUAAAGGAUUUUACAGAGAAGGGAUCCAGAGCAGCUUCAAGCCUCUCUGCAGCUACCCUUGUCCUGGGGGGAACCUCAUCAAGGCGAGGUAGUGGGGAGACUACCACCUCAAUAGACACUGAAGGCUCCAUUCGAGAGAUCAAGGAAAUCUUUGAAUUAAAGGACCAGAUACAGGAUGUAGAAGGAAAAUACAUGGAAGGGUUAAAGGAGCUGAAGGACUCAUUGAUGGAGGUUGAGGAGAAGUACAAAAAGGCAAUGGUAUCAAAUGCACAGCUAGACAAUGAAAAGGCCAACCUUAUGUACCAGGUGGACACACUGAGGGAAGACCUGCUGGAGCUGGAAGAACAGUUAGCGGAGAUGCAUAGGGGACAUGAGGAAAAGACCAAGGAAUUAGAGAGACAAAAACAUGCUUAUAGCAUCUUGCAGUGUCAAUUUGAAGAAAUGAAGGAGACCCUUAAAGAGAGGGAAGAGAUGUUAACGGAAAUCAAACAGCUGAACCAGAAACAGCGUUCUUUUGCCCAAGAAAUCUCUGACCUCCAGGAGACGCUGGAAUGGAAAGACAAGAAAAUUGGGGCCUUAGAAAGACAGAAGGAAUACUCUGAAGCCAUCAGGAUUGAUCGAGAUGAACUUAGGAAUGAGGUUGUAAUCCUGAAGGAGAGACUGAAGGCACAUGGGCUGAUGACAAACGGAGAGGCUGAGCAUGUUGGCAGCGAAGGCAGUGCUCAAAGGGAAACUACUCAGACAAGACCUCAGGCUGAGGCCCAGCAACAGAGCUCCAGCGACAGCCCUCUAGGAGAAAGCCAUGGAUUGCAAAUGAGGAAUGAGAUUUUGAAGGCUGUUGAGCAAAGAGGAGACAUGCAGAAUACUGGAACUGAUGAACUGAUGGAGGAGACUGGGAAUCGGGAGAUGUUAAUGGAUAAUGUGGAAGAAAAGGACAAAACUGAGAAUUGUGAGGAACUGACUGAGACUGAUACACCAACAAUGACUGUAAGAGAUAAUGGAAAUGCAGACCAGAUAGAAUGUACUGCAGCUAAUCUUGAUGAUGCAGAGCAAAGUGCAUGUGACACACAAAACACUGGAGGUAAAGAGGUAUCUGAGGGAAUAAACUGUGCCCCAGGAUCUGAAGAAGGAAUGCACAGCUAUGGUUGCAGAGAGGGUAAUGAGAGUGAAAGUGACCCAAGAGUGAAUGGGAAUCAGCUGCAGGAGAAAGCUAACCAGACUUUUAAUGAUAUUGAAACAGGAGCUGACUAUCAAAUGAUUGUGGAGCAAACUCAGGAAAUAGUGCAGAAUGUGGUAGAAAAAGCUGUAGAAAUAUUCCAGCAGCAGAUGUCUGGGCAUCAAUUGCAGGAAAAGUCACAAGAUAUGGAUGAGACCAUCCAUGCAGGGAUAGGAUCAGUCCAGCUGAAAGGGGAGAACUUGACAAGUGCACAAGAAAGACCUGCUGAAUCAUAUCAGGCUGAAGAGAAGGAACUAGCUAGGAUGGUGGUACAAGAAACAGAACAUGAGCAGGCAGUCAUGGGGGACAUUGAGCUCCAUUCAACAGCUCAGGAGAGUGAAAUCUGCCCAAUAGGUCUUCAGGGUGAUGUAAUCAAGAGCGGGGAGGCUGGGCAAUUGCUAGUCAUUCAGUCAGAUCAAAAUGAUCAAUCUAAGUUAAGUGGGGAAGGCAUCAAUGAAAUGGAUGGGGCAGAGAAAGACAGGGGAAGAGAUCAGGAGAGAAAGAGGCAACCCAUAGCUGGUGGAUUCACAGUUUCUGAAGAGCUGGAGGAAAUAGAGGAAAUGGCAGAAAAUGUUGAGGUAGGGAAUGGUUUACUAAAAGGAGCAGCCAUGCAGGAGUUGAAGGAAAAUGAAGAGAUUGCUUGCCAUCUGAGAGGGGAGAGAGGGCCUUUGAUCAGAGAUGAAGUUAACCAUGCACAUAUUCUUAAUGAAGAUCAAGAUUGGAGGGAUGAUGUGACAGUGAAAGAGAGGACAGAAAUCUGUCAACAGGAUGGAGAAGGAAAGGAUUUGGAACUAGGGAAAGAACAGCUGGCAAAUGAAGCUCGGCUCAAUCCAGCUGCAAAGCCAGGUGAUGGAGCCAGACAACUGUUGCAGCAACGAAAAGUGGAAGAUAGUCUAGAGCAUGACUGUCUCCAGAAAAUUAUACUGAAUGAGGAAAAAAAAGGGGCAGAAACUGAGAUUGAGAUUAAUGCUGGAGAAUUUGAAGGUGAAGUCAAGAGGUCCAGAGAGAAUGAGGAUAAAGCAGGGGAACUCGGAGAAGAUGAGGAAAAACACAAAGGCCUCAAUGCAGGGGAGAUUAAAGGCCAUGGAAUGGAUGAAAGUGAAAAUUGCGUUCAAGAGAGUGUCAUUGAAUGUCAAGGAACAGAUGAGGGUACUGACAAAGAGAGCUGGACAUGUGGAAUCUUGUAUGAUGGAGAAAGCUGGGAGAUUGGUGAGGUCAGUAGCCAUGAAAGUGAAAGAGCCCUCAAGGGCUCCAAGGUUGGUGUGGAUAAAGACAAUGGUAGCGAGAAAGACCAGGGAAAGGAAGAAAAUGAUAGCAUAAUCCCAGUAGAUGAUCUAUAUGAGACUAAGGGCUCCAAAGAAGAUAAUAUUAAAAGUCAGGUAGAGUAUGAAGCAAAAUGGGAAAUCCAACAAGAAAAGUUUGAGAUGGAAGUUUCUCGAGAUAGUAACAGUCAGUUUAAGAUUAAGGAAGAUGGAAGUGAGUUUCAACACCCCAUACCAAAUAGAUUCAGCGGACCUGAAGAGGAGGGCGAUGUAGUCAAAGGUCCGAUGGAGGGAAUUGAUGAGGUCAGAGGUGAAGUCAAGAGCUGUGGAGAGGAGGGUGAUGAGGUCAAAUGCUCCAAAGGUGAAGAAAGGGAUGAGGUCAAAAGCCUCAGAGAAGAGGAUGAAGAGGUCAUAGAUGAAGAAGGGGAUGAAGUCAAACGUCUCAGAGAAGAGGGCAAUGAGGUCAUAGGUAAAGAGGGGGAUGAAGUCAAAAGCCUCAGAGAAGAGCACAAUGUGGUCAUAAACCCCAGAAACGAGGAGGGGGAUGAGGUUAAAAGUCCCAAAGAGGACAGUAAAGCCGAAGAUGAAGAGGAGGAUGAGAUUAAAAAUUCCAGAGAAGAAAAGAAUGUCAGAAGUGAAGAGGAAGAUGAGAUCAAAAGCACCAGAGAAAAAGAUAAUGAGGUCAAAGAUGAUGAGGGAGAUGAAGUCAGCAGCCCCAGAAGCGAGGUACAGGAUGUUGUCAGGAACUCCAGAGAAGAGGGGGAAGGGAUCAAAGGCCCCAGAGGGGAGGACAGACUCAGCGGUGAAGAGGGGAAUAUGGUUAUCGAUUCUAAUGUUAGUGAAGUCAAGGGCCCCACAGAGGAGAUGGAUAAGGUCAAGGACCCCAGAGAAGAAGGUGGUAGGGCAAGAAGCAAAGAGGGAGAUAUGUCCAUAGGCCCAAAGGAUGAAGAUACAGGUGAGGUCAAAGGCCGCAUUUUAGCAGAUGAUGAGAGCAUUCGUGAAGAUGGAUAUAGAGUCAAAGGCUUGAGAGGAGAGGAGGAGGGGGAGAUCAAAGUUCCCAGAGGAGAGGAAGAGGGUGAGGUUAAAGAGGGGGAUAUGAUCAAAAGCCCCAGAGAAGUGGGUGAUGAGGUCAGAGGACCCAGAGAUGCAGAAGUGAAUGAGUCCAAAAGCCCCAAAGAGAGUGAUGAGAUUAUGAGUGAAAUGAGUUAUGAAGUCAAAGGCCCCAGAGAAAAAGGUGGUGAGGUUGUAGAGCCCAGAGAUAAGGAGGGGGAAGAGGUCAAAAGCUCCAGAGAAGUGGAGGAUGAUGUCAAGAGCCCAAGAGGAGAGGAAAAUAAUGACUUUAAAGAUCCUAAAGAUAAAGAAGAGGAUAAGGUCAAGUCCGGCCAAAAAAGUGAAGAACAGCAUGGCACAAACGUACUAGGAAGCAUUCAGGGAAAGGAGAAUGAGAUGUGUGCAGUUGAAGAGUCAGAAGAAGCAAAGCUUACUGAUCUAGCAGUAAAGGAAAAACUGGGAGAAAUCAUGGUUGAAGAAACUGAGUGUUAUUUAAAGGGACAAGUUCAUGAGAGCUGCAAAACCAAUCAAAUGCAAAGCAAGAGCUUUGAAGAAAUCUGUGAGGGCAAACCAGAGAGUGUUCACAAGGUAACGGACAACAAAAUUGAACAAGAGAUGGUGAGAGAGGAGGAGAUCGGAGUAACUGACGAGUCAGCAGCUCAAGAGAACCUGCAAGUUAGGGAUGAGAAAGAAACUGGGCAAAUACUGGAUAUCGGUAGUAGGAAUAAAAUGCAGGGGGAUAAUGCCCAAACAUCUGAAGGGGUUGUCAGUGGCUCUGAAGAAAAUGAUGGAAGAACAAGGUCUGAGUUGAAUGAAGGACAAGAGGAACUAGCACAAGGUGUGCAGCAGGAUCCAGCAAUGGGUAGAGUGGCAUUGGAGGAUGUUGCCAACCAAAGAGUUCAGGAUAGUGACAAACUGUAUCCUGCAAAGGGUGAAAGAGAAUCUUCUGGAACCAACCAAGAACAAAAGCAACAGGACUCUGAGAUAAACGAAACAAGGAUCGAAGAUAUAACAGUUACUCAGAGUAGUAUGGAAGAACAAGAGAUCAGAGACAAAGAUGAGGAUGCUGAGGAAGGGGAUCAGUUUGAGUGGAAUGAAGAGAUGAAUGACAUGUUGCAAGAUGGAAUUCAAGAUGAUAAGGAGGCACCUAAGAGUGAGGAGGAAAGGGGAGAGACAUCUGUUGAAAGUGAGACUGAACCUAGGUCCAUUGUGAGUGCAGGGUCCAGUGAGAAUCUAAAACCCAGUACUCAUUGCAAUAUGGAUGCAGCAUAUGAUGAGCAGAAGUGCCAGCGUAGGAACAGUAGUUCGAGGCAAUCCAACUAUCGUGGCAACCAACAGCAGGGUGAGAGUCCAAGGGGCACGUGCAGCAUUAGUGGAGCAGAAGGCAAUAUGAAAGAAACAGAAGAAGAAAUGGGGCUUCCUGAGACGGCAAAGGAUAGUAAGAGAAAAAGCAAAAGUAAAGAUGAGUGUUCGCUAUAUUUUAGGGUAAAUACAAUUGUAGAUGAAAAGGAAGCCUUAUUAGAACAGAUUAAAAAAUUAAAAGCACAACUGGAUGAGAAAACCAAGAGUGGAAAGGCAGAAAAGGCAGCAUUCAGUGAUAUAAUCUUGGAAAAUGGGAUGGACAUGCAGGUGAUUGAUGUGCAAAGAGAUGCUAACAGACAAAUCAGCGAAUACAAGUUUAAACUCACCAAGACCGAACAGGAAAUAACUGCACUGGAACAAAACAUCAUUCGACUUGAAGGCCAGGUGUUGCGAUACAAGACAGCAGCAGAAAAUGCAGAGAAAGUGGAAGAUGAACUUAAAGCUGAGAAGCGCAAACUCCAAAGAGAGGUCCGCUCAGCAUUGGAUAAAAUUGAGGAGCUAGAGAUGAGCAACAGCCACCUAUCGAAGAGGCUGGAGAAAAUGAAAGCUAACCGAAGUGCUCUGCUAUCCCAGCAAUAAGGAGCCUCCUGUCAAACUUGUGCCCAGCUGCCUGUUACAAAAACUUGCUUUUUUUUAAACAAAAGAUAUAAUGAGACGCUUCACUGUUACGACACAUUGCUGAGAAAAAGAUUGGUAAAAAUUGCACAAGUUUCUGACUUGCAACUUACACUACUUUCUUUAGAAGGCUUCCCAGUCAACAUUCUGGCACAGAUAUGAUGGGCUGAAUAGCCUCCUUGUGUGCUACAUUGUUCUAUGAUUCCAUCAGCAAGUAAUAGCUUAGCUUUACAGGGAUCUGGUUUUAAACUAUAUGUUAACCACAGCAGAGAAGGGUAUAGUUAGACAGUGGUUGUGUUACUGGACUAAAAAUCCUGGAACAUGAGUGUAUUUUCCCCUUUAACUAAUUGAGAACUUGAAGUCGGCUUCAAGUACCUGAAAAUAAAAAGUUGGUAUCAAAAAAGUAACCACAAGGAUGCUAAUUUGUUUUUAAAACACAACUGAUUCGAUAAUCUAUAUAUAGGAUAGAAAAAUAGGCAUCCUUACCCGGUCUAACCUGUUUGUGACUCCAGUAUUACAUUAACAUGGUUGACUAUAACUACUCCCUGAAAUUGUCUGGUCAACUACUCAGUCACCACCUCCUCCCUGGAGAAAAGCCUGCAUUACCAGAAUCAGAGAGUACAUUUUUUAAAAAUGGGAUGUUGAGCCAUUGGACUAUAAUUCCUUGUUCAGUGCUAGUAUAAAUGUCAAUGAUUUGUUGGUUGUGACUAAUAAUAGGUCAGUUGCCAAACAGAAAAGGGUUUUGCCAGUAGCACUAUGUUGCCUCAAUCUCUAGUGCUUAUUUACAUAUUUUUGCCACACUUUGCUCAUGGCCAUGGAGUCAAGAACACUCUAGGAUGCAGGAUUAAAGAUAGGGAUGGAAUAUUGUAGAUGAUGCACAGAUUAAAUCGUACUCUCCAAAGAACAGUCGAAUCAAGUCAUGGAAGUGAAUCCUCAGUCAGUGAGAAGGGAAUUCAAGGGCUGCUAGGAAAGUCAAGCCAUCAGGACUCUAAGUGUACAGUGAUGGUCUUGAAACCCACUUUAAAUAAAUGCACUGAUUGCGGGUCAAAUUUGAAUGAUGCUCCAGCUUUUGUUUUUACUUACUUCUACCAAAAGGCUACUUGGAUAUUGUUUUGUGAAACAAAAUGGUUAAAAGUUUUAAUGAUUAAUUGGGCACGCACGAAAGUGGAGAUAUUCCAAACAAUAACUGUUUCCUCUUUGAUAACAUGGAAAUCAGUUAUCUGGAAUGAUGAAGAGAUGAAAGAGCGAAGAUGGCAUUAAGGAAGAAACAGUUUUCAGUGAUGGACAGUUCUUGUGAAAUUUGCAGUAUUUUGCCCUCUGUUUAUCUUUUAGCAGGACAUCAGUGUUGACAUGGGUGGUGGUGGUGGUUUGACCACACUGCAGUUAUCAAUGAACAACUUAAAUAGAGGCCUACUCAGCUUUGAGGCCGAAGGAAUGGAUCUUUCUCUUCCCCAUCUCUUUCCUCACAUUAGGCCUUCUCUUUCUGACAACCUUAAGUAUCAGAGCCAGCAGCAUUUGCAACAAAUCAUGCUUCUAACUCCUGAAGGAAUGCUUCAUUUAAAAAAAACUCAGUUGUGUUUUUCUACUUAUAAAAAAUGUAACAGGCACUUCUUACCCGAGAUACAUGACUGGGGCAUGUUUAGAUUUGAGAAACUAAAUUAUUUUGGAAGUAUUAAGUGAUGAGAAGUGCUUGUACCAUAGACAAAUGAAAUUUUUCAAUAACAGAAGAUGGCAACAAUAGGAUUAGGUUAAAUCAAGAUCUAUGGAAACCAGUCCAGGGAUUGAUUUAAAGAGAAAUGUACAUAACUGUUGUUUAUACAAUUCCUUUUUCACAUGUUGUACAUGCUGAUUUUGUUUUUUGCUUUCCUGAACAGAUUCUACCUCAGGCAGCGAGCUGAGUUUUCUUUCUUGAUCUUGUUGAGGUCUCAAGUAUAAGAGGAUUGGUUGAGAGAGUUUUCUGUUGGGGAAUUGAAGCUGUUACAUUGGAUUCAGUUUAUUUUGUUUUAGAAUGGGGAGAUCUUCUGCAAUUUCUAAGCAGUGUUUACUGCAAAGCAAAUAUUAAUGUUGACACUACAUUCUCAAACCAAUAAAACAUUUUAGAAAGAC